AUGAACUGUUUCAAUGCACAUGACAGCACGUGCAAGGCACCGCCCCUGAGCGACUGCCAAAAGCUCGGCCCUGAAGAGACCGCGAGAAAAGAGGCGUACUGGACGCUUGUUAAUGCUGCGAACUUCUAUGACCUGAUGCAUGUCUUUCUCAAUAUAUUUGACACCGCAGCUUUUGCGACGAACUAUGAUAUUGGAUCCAUUAGUGGCAAUAUAACAAUCAAGGCACCCACUACAGACACCAAAUCGUUACUGGCCAACAUAGCAAGCGUGUUCAGCAUAUCUGGGGCAGCAGCCGGUGCAGCAUCAGGUCCACUAGCCGCUGGUCUCGGCGUUAUUGGAGGCAUAAUCACGGUAGCAGCAGAUAAUGUUAAAGCACCGGAAGAGACUGAUACAGAGAAUGCCCUGGACCAGAGGAUGAAAGCCUCGUUUCAAGCAGUACAAGAUGCAGUUGGAAACAUUCUUACCGCUGUCUUCGCAGAUGGAACCCUGGACCAUGUACAGGGCAUGGAGAAUGCUUACCCUCCUGGCAGUCCGUAUAAAGAGUCUAUCUCCAGGUUCUUUGACGGGGGAAGAUUCUUCUACGGCACCUACUACCUAAAGGAGAACGACCUCCGGAAGGCAUUCACAGAUAACCUGAGAAUGAACCUCGUCUCCGUGGCUUUGACUGAAGCCAAUUACUACGUUCUGAAGGAUGGCUACGCUCCAGACAAGUGCCCAAAAGAAGAGUCGGGCAUAAUCAUAGAUGGCCACUGCUUCACCUUGGAAGCACCCGGACCUGGAGGAUACCCAAUGGCUCCGGGGACUCGUGAGAGGUACACCGUUCAGGCCGAGAGGAAGGUCCUAGAUUAUGUCACCAAAACACACAAGAUCGACCUCGGAGACCUUUACCGAGUAUCGUAUGACUGUCAGAAAAAGCACAACGGAUACAAUGUGGCAUCUCCUCUCGGGACGAUCAACUUCGAUACAAGUACGCGUCAGGAUUGUUUCUACGACAUGCCAGUCAUUGAAGCUAGUUACACGGACAACUCCAAGGUCUCUAACCAAUCUCCAUGCUAUGUUGUUUAUCAUAAAGAUGAAGGAAAGAACAGGAAAGCUGGUUCCACAUACCUCCCCAAGAACCUCCAGAACAUCUUCGGCGGAAAGUCCGACAUGUUCGACUACUGCGCCGAGUGUACUGAUUCACCUGCCAUUUGUUCUGGGGGCAGUCCUUUCAGAACUUGA